AUGUUGUUCCUGACAGCAAACCAGUUGGCAGAGCAGCAACAGCAUCGGCCAGAGGGCUACCGAAAUGACCCAGGACCAAGAGAUGAUUCAGUUUCAAAUCCUGCCCUGAUUGGCGUCAUUGUUGGGUCUGUGUGUGGAGUCAUACUGCUGAUCCUCCUGUUGGCUGUCGUUGGCAUCUGUUGUUACCAGCGGAACAGCUAUCUGAGAGGGAGUCACACUGACCCAGUCCUCCGAGAUGGCGAGUCCCCCGACAUGGAUAAGUGCUAUAUCAACAACAUGGAGAAGAAUGGAAGCCCUGUGGGUAGGGUUGGUAUGAGUCCUUCACUGCGCUAUACUGAUGUUGUUGAAAAGUUCAGUGACAGCAAGGAAGAGAAGAACAGAGAUGGGCUUAAGGUUGGGGUCAGUAAUGGGGAGAAUCCAUUGGUCGUUGAUGCUUUAGCAAUGAGUCCAACAAAAUCAAGUGAAUUCAGUUUUGAUACGUUGAGCAAAGGCAGGGGUGGGGUGGGUGAGAGUGGAGGAAGUGGGAAUGGGCCUCGGUCCCCUAUGAUUGAAGCUCUGCAGAGUAACCUGAAGUUCCAGGCAUCGUAUCAGUCAACAGAGAACGAGGCGGAGAAGCGAACCCAACGUCUGUCCAGCACCAACAAUGGUGAAGGUGGGAGUGGUGGCAAUGAUGACACACCUCCCACUCCACCACCACCACUACCAGUCAUCUCAGCACCAGUGCCCAAGAUGCGAACCAUGAACCCAACCCAUGCAGGAAUACGGCGUGUGCCCGUACGCACAUCUGCAACCUCCGAUGACAUCAACCUAUUGGAGAGGGAACUGCUUCAUGGGGGUCGGGUACAAGAUGAAAACGGUGAUCCUGGAAUCCAGGUUCUGAAGCCAGAUGUGAUUGAUGGGUUGGCAACAGAGGUUGUCCCAAUCAAAAUUCAGGCAAGUAAACCAAAAGCAGAUGUUGAGAUUGAAGACUUUGACCGACCUGAUCUCACAAAUGAUGACCCUCCUCCUUUCAUAAGGAGUGCAAAUUCUAGUACCAGCACAGUCCACUCCCUCCGACCCAAUCGACACCGCAGUCCUGCAAGCAAGUCAAAGCACCAGGCCCAGCAACAGCAAGGAUCUGCACCUCGCAACAAAGAUGCAGGACUUAGCAGCUUACGCAAACGAGGACCAAAGUCCCCUCGUAUCACUACAAAAGGCCGACGUCUUGUGUCAGAAGCUGAAGAAGGGUCUGUGUAUGAUGAUGAACAGAGGGCUGAUACCCCACUCAGUGUUAUGGGAGUGAGGUCUUCAAGGGCCGACGACCUGGAGAGCUUACCACCUCUGCGUCGCUCUGCCUCCAGACAGUCACUCUUUGCAUCAAGGACCUCCUUGUACAGUCGUCGUGGCAAGAAAGAACGCCGGCCCUCUGUCGCUGAUUCCCUUGACUCUUAUGCUCAGGAUGACCUCACACUAUGCAGUUCUGGGGCCCAGGCCCAACCUAUGUCAAGGCAGGAUGCCCGUGCAUACAAGUCACUGGGCAGCAUCAUUGCACCAGUUGCUGCAGAGACUUCAACCAGUGACCCCAGCUCCUCAGUUGGUCGAACACGAAAGAAAUCUGUUGGGGCCUCAUCUUUGUCACAUGGGAGACAAACACCAAAGAAGUCUACUUCAUCACAAAAGUCUUCAAUGUCAACACAGACCAUUGACCAGAAGGGUACACAGACAGACAGGGGGGUAGCAAUGAACCAACAACAGCAUGUGCAUCCUGUACCCCUUGCUAAACCCUUGCUCAAAUCAACAGUGAAAUCAGUGCCCCCCAGAAACGUUGGAAAUGGAGGUGCAGAUCCCUCUUCUCAGCCUGUUAAGCUUCCACCAGCCUUGUCAAAAUCUCACUUCCAGCCCAUAGUCUACAACAACAACAACGCUAAUGUUGCUGACCCUGGUCUUCCUCCUCCGCCCCCACCAACUGAGUCAUUGAAGUCGACAAAGUCACCUUGGGAACUACUCUGCGAACUCACAGACACUAACACGCACACAUCUCCACCUUCAGAAUCUGGGGUCUCAUCACUUGGCCCCAGACUUGAACCCACUCGUUUCACAGCCCCUUCUGCACAGCUGACGUCAUUGUCGUUGACACCCGGGCCUUAUACGGCCCAAACCACCACCGUUCCCACUGCGACAUCCCAACCCCUUGCAGGCAACAAUGCAACCUCAACAUAUAGCCCUUUUGUUACUACUACGGUGACACCACUAAAUCCAAGAACGACCCCUACAUCAGCAAGAUACACUCCCACAUCUCUGGUAGGGUCUGAAAUAUCAUUCUCGUCACACCCACCGAUGACCAUGGACCCCACCCAUGGCACACUUCCCUCCCGGAAAUCCUCGUGGGAUGCACUUACAGAACUGGCUGAUAACCAAACGUCUUCUGCAUCACAUCGAAAUGUAGAGAGCAUUGUAUAAACUACAUGUAUAAACACUCAUAUAUAUAUAUAUAUAUAUAUAUAUAUAUAUAUAUAUAUAUACACGCACAUCUUAUGUCAUUAUUGUUUUAUCAUCUACUUUUUUAUGUUUACGAAGUUGAAACAAAAUUCCUUGAAAGUGUGUGUACAUGCAUACACAUGCAUUCUAUAAUAUAUAUAUAAGGACAGUAUCUGCUGCACAAAUGGGAGGUGCCUGAAUUUAAGGAGUAAAUGACAGGACAAUAUCUGGUUUAACUUCUAAGUAGUUAUAGAUAUUUUCACCAGCUUAAAAUAUCUUUUUUAUAAACCAUAGCAAGACAUAGGACACAUUAACUUCUAUAUAAUCUAAAACUCAAUUAUCAAGUGGACAUCUUGAGUAUAUAUAAAAGAAUUCCUUCAGUUAAUUUAAUUAAAAUAUAACUUAUUUUUAUUUAAUUUCUUUUAAUGCAUAGAUGAAGGUGUAUUAAAACCUAUGUACUUUGACCUAAUCUAGUGCAUAGGGCUCUGUUUCAUCCUGGAAGUAAGGUUAAGCUUGAGGUCAGAGACAAAGUAAAUUUUAUAGCCAUAUCAGGUUUCUCCUUUCACUUUCCUUUUUUUAUCUUAAACCAGAGUAAAAUAAAAGUAUAAGCUACCC